AUGGACGGGUUUGCUCUUGCACGACAUAUCUGCUCUUGCACAGAUGAGCUUGUCUUGUACAGUGGUAUCCCAAGCACUCUUAUUGGACCCUAUUUCCCAAAUGAAACCCUGUCAGUCACCGACUUUCUCAAAUUUAAGCUUCCAUCACUCCAGGGAAAUUUACAGAUAAUAUCUGCAUGUCUCAGUCAUUGCCCACCAUCCACCCGAGAAUUGACAGAGAGUGACCUCCGUAGCAUGCUCUGCCCUCCCCGCCCAGUAAUCAAAAGUCUAAUUUACAACUAUGAUCCCAAUGAUCCCAACCCUCCUUGCUCCGUUAAAAUUGGCACACAUUAUGUCCCUAUCAACAUUCUACGAAUCUGGGAAGUCCUAUUUCAGAUACAAAGUAUCCGAAAAAUGUGGAAAGAAUCAGAGGCGCAUGUUGAGGCAUUGGCGGGUUGUCAGCCUACUCACCAUGUUGCUGUCAUCACCACCCAAAAGCGGCUCUUAUCAUGCAGCUGGAAUGCUAGAGUCCUUGGAUUUUCAAAAUCAACAUCGAGUUCCAUUGGGGGACUGCUCCGUCACCUCACCUUCUCAUGCCUUGUGACCACCGAUAUCUCGUACCAUAUCCAACUUCUGGAAAGGGCCUUGGAUGCCAAUGAUGUAAAGGCUAGACUUUUCAGCCCUCUUGACAUCCAGUACCUGACAGGGUGUGCCAUGCAACCAGAUGGGAAUGGGUUGAAAAGAUAUCGCCAUGACCGUACCUGCAAAACUCUCCACCAAUUUGGCUCUGAGCUUUCGUCUGGAUCCAUUUCUCAAUUUGGUGGAAUUACUCACAUUAACAACCACUGGAUCGCAUUUGUCAUCUCCUCUAGGGAAUUGACCAUCUUCAUCGCUGAUUCCUUACACUGGCCAAUGGGGAACAAUGGGCCACCUGCCGGAGUCAAGGAGGCAGCCGCUACUCUUCAGUGGUGGCUCAACAUGUCGUAUUUGAGUUCAAAUCAAUCAGUCUCUCCAUUCCGGAUUGUGAGGCUGCCAAUUGCUUACCAGAAGGACUUCUCCUUAAAGUUGCACCACUCAGUGCGGCGGCUCGGUUGGGAUGGCAGUAGACUCUGA